GCCACAGUUCUACAGGGAUUUAGGGUUUCCACGAUCGAGCGGAUCGAUCAAUCGAUCGAGAGGUAUUCUCGGUUUGCUUGCCGCGCAUCCGAUUGCAGCUCUCCGGAUCUCGUCAUCCAUGGCGAUCAAAGGAGGCAAGAGUGCGAGGCGCGCGCUGUGGACGACGGUGCUUGCGAUGCUCCUCCUCAUGUCGCUUCUGCUCUUGAUUCUCCUGGCGGUGGGAUUGCUGGGGGUUCCAUCGGGAAUCGCUCCUCCGGAGGGGGAUAUUACCUUGCGGCUACCAAAGGAUUUGCUAGAAAUGCCCGUGUGGACUGAGACCAUUUCCUGGCAACCGCGAGCAUCCGUCUUUCACAAUUUUUUGUCUAGCGAGGAAUGCGAUCAUUUAAUACGCCUAGCACAGCCCAAUAUGAAGAGAUCCGCCGUCGUAGACAACCAGACUGGAAAGAGCAAGGACAGCAGGGUCCGGACCAGCUCUGGCACUUUCCUUCGACGAGGACAAGACGAAAUAAUCUCUCGGAUCGAGGAGAGGAUCGCAAAGUUCACGUUUAUCCCCAAAGAGCAUGGAGAAGGUCUCCAAGUACUGCACUAUGAAGUGGGCCAAAAGUAUGACGCGCAUCACGAUUACUUCCACGACAAGGUUAACACGAAGAACGGUGGACAGAGAGUUGCGACCGUGCUCAUGUAUCUAUCGGAUGUGGAAGAGGGGGGAGAGACUGUGUUUCCGAGCGCAAAAGUGAACAGCAGCUCGGUUCCAUGGUGGGAUGAAUUGUCCGAGUGUGGGAAGAAAGGCGUGUCUGUGAAACCACGCAAAGGAGAUGCGCUCUUGUUCUGGAGCAUGUCGCCCGACGCAGAGCUCGACCCUUUUAGUUUGCAUGGGGGGUGCCCAGUGAUCAAAGGCAACAAGUGGUCAGCAACUAAAUGGAUGCACUUGAGAGAGUACGUAUGAGAGCAAUAAAUCUAAUUAACACUGAAACUUCUCCUCAAAAACCAUGAGAAUCAGUUUAUCUGUGUGAUGUUCUAUGUCCCUGAUAAGGAUCCACAGUUCUCACCUGGAACUUGGAGACUUGUGACUCCGUAGUCAUAGACACACCAAGCUUUGGAAAACCAAAGAUAGAUAUAUCAUGAUCACAUCUUUUCUUCU